AUGCAUAAAUUCGUGACUCCAGAAACAUUUGUACACAAAGUUGAGAAUGAUUAUUUCAUCAAGAAGAAACCCAAUCCAGAUUUAAGAACACAUAAAAAGAAAUAAAAUGAAUAGGACUUUGAGCUCUACCAGAACCUUAAGGAUUUGAGAAACAAUAAUUAAUUAAUACAAAAUAAACAAGGCUCUCUUAAAAUCAUCAACCCUUUGAGUAAAUAAAUCAAUAUGAUGGAAACCAAAAAGUAGCAGCAAGAGAAGAAAAUGAGGGAGACACAAUUCUAAUUGAAAAAAAAGAGUAUGCUCAAUGAAAAUCAAUAAAAGUUACAAUCUGACUUGAAAAAUUUAGACAAAAUAAGUGUUAGUGCCUUUAAAGAUUUUAAAGAACAAGUUAAUCUUUAUAAUAAAUAUUACAGCAAUACUAUCGGAACGGAACCAGAAAUCAGGGACAUUCAGUAUGAGGACUUAAACAUUCCUUAUCAAUUUGUAGACAAUGGAAGUAGGUAUACUUACAGAGAAAUAUUAAAUCAUGAAAUACCAGAAAUUAAUUAUUAGAAUGGCUAAGCAUAGACCAUAAUGGAGUAAGUUUUAUCCUGCUAUAAAAUCUUAGAACCAUUUCCUAAUUGAAAUUCUCAGAAGAACAAUUGGAGAAUAAAUUGCUAAACAGAUUAAAAUAACAUGUUGUGGUAAGAUAAUUGGAUUAAAUGGAAAAUGAUUAUUUGACUGCAAUAAGAAAUAACGACUUAUCAAGUCUAAAAUUGAUGUUGAUUUCAGAUGGAACUUUGAUUCAGACAAAGGAUUUUGUAUUAUUCCAAUAUAUUGUAGAUAGGGUAAACAGGUUUGCAUUUGGCUGCCAAACGCAACUAUUAUGAUAUAUGUUAAGAACUGAUAAAUUAUCAGGUUGAUGUCUUCGCAAUUGAUUAUGUAAAUUAUAAAUCUAUAAUAGGGAAGCAGAACAGCUAGGUAAAUGGCAGAGAAAUAUAAUUAUUUUAAGGUGGCCAAGUUAAUACAGAUGGAAGAGGAUUAGCGCAGGAGAAAUUUAUAAUAAUGA